AUGAGCGCAGAAACUAGUCUGGCGCAAUCGGGACUUCAUCCAGCGCCUGCAGCACAGGGAUCUUCAAGGGCGGAGAACGAGCCGGAGCUGGAAGGGCCUUUGGAGGGAGACGAUCCAAUGGAUGUGGAUCUUGAGCCGAUCCCAGAGGAGGGACCAGAAGAUGAGGAACCCGAGGCGAAACUCGUAGUCGAACCCGUUGAACCCGAGGGCGAGCCAGAAGAGGAACCGGUGUUUAUUCCUCCGUAUGAGCAGUGGAUUGACCCCGAGUUUGUACCAGAGUAUGGGUCUGAUGAGGAGACCGAAUCGGAGGGACAGAAUGAAGUUCAAGCGGAGUCGGGUGACAUAAACCACCCGAUUGAGAUUGAGGCGGAGUCGGAGCCCUCAGUAGAGCAGUCUAAUCAGGGAAAUUCAGAUUCGGAGGAUGAGGAGUCUGAUUCAGAGUGGACGCCGACGUGA